AUGCAAGCGCGCCAUGCUCUCCGGAAGAUCCUCUCGAGCGAAUGGGCGCGCUGGCCCCGUUAUGGGGAGGAGCUCGUAACUUUACUUUCAUCGUCCACCAUCGAGCCACCAGUGCCUGCUUCUGUCGACGCUGAUGCGGCCGAUACCACUGAGUCCAUCGCGAGUGCAGUAAUUGCAGCUGCUCCUUCGACUACUGCUCCUUCAACUUCAUCCUCGACAACACGCACAUCCACAAAACGGCCCGCAAUCGGGGAUGUAGAUGACAGCUCGCCCACGCAAGCUACGCCAGCUACUCUGGCGAAGAAGCGCAAGACUACUGAAAUGCCAGAUGGUCAGCCCAUUGUGCAAGACGAACAACGUGGCGUUUUCCAGCGACAGGUCGAAGUUCGCGGUGAUAUACCGGUCAAGCCCGCCGGAACGGGCUUCACAGCCGAGCGUGAGGUGCAUAGCGCGACUGCACCACCCUUCGUCGCCACAACGCCCCGAAUGCACGGCCCCCAAUCACUCGAUACGCCACGUCCGAUGCAGCCCGCUUACACGCAACCCCCGUACCCGCCCUAUGCACAGUACGGAUCACCGUCGUACCCGCAGUACAUGCCACACGGGCAGCGAUUUCACCCGCAGGAAGCGCCGAUGGCAUACUCGCCGUAUGCGUUCGCGCACCACUCCACGUAUGUGCAAGCUGCACACGAGCAGCAGGCGGCUCAAGCACGUGCGGCAUAUGCGCAACAGGCGGCAUAUGCGGCAUAUGCACAGCAAGAGGCCCAAGCACGUGCGGCAUACGCGCACCAGGCGGCGUAUGCACGACAGAUGGCCUAUGCGCAACAGGAGGCGAAUAUCGGCCCUUCCCCUCGUCCAUACCCGUCGUCAGCCUCGGACGCGGGUUCCCCGAGCGGCUACGUGGCACCCUUCAUGGCGCCGCUACUCCCCGAACAGGAUGCAGACCAGUAUACUACCUAUCCCUCUCGUACAGUUCCGUCGUAA